GAAAAAGCAUGUUCUUGGGAUGUCGCUGCUACGAACCAAAGCACCAAUGUUACGGACAACACGUCAGAUGCCAUCGUCUCUCGUUUACAAUACUUGCUUUUGGUUUUUUACCCAGUUUUUCUAUUCAUCUGUACAACCGGGAAUGUCAUGAAUAUCUUUGUGUUGCGCACGGCCAAGCAUUCUCAAUGCACCACCACUUUUCUUAUCGCACUGGCCGUGGGAGAUUUACUGGCUGUGUAUGUCAUUCCUCCUUCCGUUUAUCGUAUAUUCUGGAGUUAAUAUUAAUGUGGUGGUGGAUGCAGCUGCCGCGUUAUAUAUGGGAAAUCAAUCCUGAUAUCUUCAGUAAUCCCAAAUACACAUACGCACACAUUAAUUACUACACGCAGGGAUGGUACAUCUGGAUGCAACUGAUGUGGUUUGACUUCUCAAACUGGAUUUUAAUAGCGUUUUCCGUGGAACGGGUUAGAGCAUUAUUCGAUCCACUGUCGUACCGUGGUCCGCCGGCGGCAAAGCGAGCCCGCAUUGUCAUUGGUUUUGUAUUUGUAUGCGCAGCCUUAUCCAAUAUGUACCGCAUGGUGAUGCAGUAUUAUUUAAUGGCCACACGAGAUAUUCCAACGUUUCUUAAAGAUUCAGUCAACGCGUUUAUAACAGGAGCGCCUAACUGGCUACAAACAUGGAAUGAUGUUAAUAUGUAUUACAAGGACAUCGAAGUCAUUGUCGUGUUUCUUAUAUUGCUGAUCUGUAAUAUUUGUAUAAUUCGCUGUAUAUUUCGGCAUCGCCAAAAGAUCUCCUUUUGCCCAACUAUUACCAGCACCGACCGCAAGCGUGCCGGUGGGAGCACAGUAGACUUCGGCUGUGUAAAUAUCCUCUUGGCUGCCGUCACAGUGCCGUGCUGACUUACGUCAUCGGCUUAUUCCCACUGACUGUGACUGAUGUCCUGGGAAAGCUUUCAAACUAUCCGCUCUGCCUUUUUCAGUUUACUUAUGCUAGCAAUAUCCUCAAUUAUCCGAACUGUGUUCUGAUGUUGGUUCCAUACACUAUAAACUUUUAUCUCUAUGUGGGUUUCUGUUGCACUUUUCGCAACCAAACCAGAGCGGUGCUUACGGAGACAAAAGCCAGAAUGGAGACGUGGCUAUCUGCCAGAGGAAUGGGCGCUUGUUGUCGGCGGUGUCCGGAAGUCGGUAAAAGAGCGCUAGCGAGCUUGAAAAUACGGGAAUCGGCUGAUGCACCCAUGAUUAUUUUGGAAAGAGAUCGCGAACUGCUGUCAAAGACCGCAAACGGUGCAAAAGUAGUCCAGUUAAAACAAGAUGCAGAAUUAUCGGAGUGCAACGUUACGGAGGUCACAAAUGUUAGAUUGUGAUUGUGCUUAUAUUAGCGGCCAGGCGCAUACAUGUACGCGCAACCGGAUAUUUAUUUUGAAUUUCCUCGUUCCUGUUUUGUUACGAUAUUUCUAGAGUCGAUAUUUAACUGAAAAAAGA